AUGUCCUCCCCACGACCCGCAAUCCAGCUCAUCCUCGACUGGGACGGCACCCUCACCAAGCGCGACACCCUCGCCGUCCUCGCCAACAUCCCGGCCGCCCACCGCGCCGCUCAAGAUCCGGACCCCUGGCGUCCCAUCACGGACGUCUACGCCGCCGACUACGCCGCCCACGCGCGCUCGUACCGCCCGCACACCGCGGCGCGCACGACCCUGGCUGCUGAAGCGGCUUGGUUGGGCAGCUUAAGGGAAGUCGAGGAGAGGAGUGUCAGGCGGGUUGAGGAGGCGGGGGUUUUUAGGGGGGUUGCGGCCGGGGAUGUGGAGAGGGGCGCUGAGGCGGUGGUGGAGAAUGGGGAUGUGGAGCUGAGGCGGGGAUGGGAGGGGAUGUUUUUGCUGGGAGAGAGGGGAAGGGCGGGCAAUGAGGAGGUCAAGGAUGGAGGAGAGGGAGAGGCGGGAGAGGUAGAUGUCAGCAUCAUCAGCGUGAACUGGAGCGCCACCUUUAUUAGGGCGUGUUUGCUGCAUGCUGUUGCGCGGGCGGAGUGGUGCGAUGAGGCGCAGCGUGAUAAGCUGCGGGAAGCAGUGAAGCAGGUCAGGAUUAUUGCGAACGAGAUCGAGGGACUACACGAUCCGGACGGCUCCUCAGGGUUGCUGAACAAGAAGGACGAGGACGGGAUCAGGACGAGCGGCGAUAAGCUGCGCUGCAUGCAACAGAUACGACCGGGUCAGGAAGAAGGACUGGUGGUCUACGUGGGCGACAGUCCGACCGACCUCGAAUGCACCGCCGCUGCUGAUAUCGGGAUAUGCAUACGGGACGAGCCGACGAGCAGCGCACAGAAGGAGCUUGCUGAGACGUUGGACCGUAUCGGAAUUGCGUGUGCGGAGCUGAGUAGUUUAAACGAUGUUCAGACGCCAGGUCAGAAGAAAGAAACGGUUUGGUGGGCUGGAAGCUUGGAAGAGGUGGUGCAGAUGAUCAAGCGUAUAACCGGAGGCGUAUAA